GUGUUACACCAAACACACCAUAUCGUGAGGAGUGAGCGCAUGAUGGAGUCUGAAUGCAACGAAGAGAUUGAAAAUAAUCACACUGAAAUGGACACCGAGAAGAGCUCGGACCCUGGGAACGUUCAAAGCAGUGAUACUAAACAGGACAUCACCAGCACUAAUGAAAACACAGGUGAUCCUUUUAAGAAACCGGAUAUUUUUGUGGCUCCAUUGCUCACAGUGAAGAAGUCAGGAGGAUUAAACUCAAGCAAGAAACUCGCAGAGGAAUUAAACAGCAGCAGAUCGGAGAAUAAAGACACAGAUCUUGAUACUAAACAUAAGCAGCCAACUGAAAAACCCACAGAGACUCUAAUUGACCCGUCCGAUCAGCCAUCUUCCGAGAGAUCAGAGGCAAAGAAGGUCCAGCCCAAACCAAAAGACAUGCGACAAAAGAUCCCUGCCAGUGUCAAGCUACCCCCGGCGGGUAAAUUUCCUCCGCUCCCAUACACCGAGCCCCCGUGGGGAUCUGUUCCUGACAUCAGCUACUCAUUUGAGCUGCUGAAAAACGGGGCGAUCCUAGAUGCGGUCCCACUGACCCAGAGUAGUUACUUUGUGGUGGGUCGGUUGCCGGUGUGUGAUGUGUCUCUGGAGCACCCGUCCAUCUCCCGCUACCACGCCGUGGUGCAGUACCGGGGCAGAGCUGGGCAGGACGGAGUCUUAGGAGAGGAGAAGGGCUUUUAUGCCUAUGAUCUGGGGAGCACUCAUGGGACUUUUGUCAAUAAGAACAAAAUACCCCCUAAAACAUACAUAAGGCUAAGAGUGGGACAUGUUUUGAAGUUUGGAGGCAGCACAAGACUCUUUAUUUUGCAGGGUCCAGAGUUUGAUGAAGAAGCAGAAUCUGAACUGACGGUGACAGAGCUCAGAGAGCGUGCUAGAAAACAGAGAGAAGAGCUGGAGAAGAGGAUGAUGGGUGACGGCUCAGAUGAGGAGGAAGAGAAAGAGGACAGUGAAGCCAGUGCUACAACGAGAAGCUCCUCAGAAGAUACCGGCUGCUCUUGGGGAAUGGAUGAAGAGCCAGUGCCAGAAGAGGACGAGAAUGAGGAGAAUCCAUUUGCCACAGAAUUUCAAGAGGAUCAGGAAGCAGCAUACUUAAAAGAUCCUAAAAAGGCAUUACAGGGAUUUUAUGACAGAGAAGGAGAAGAACUAGAGUUUGAGUAUGAAGAACCUGGCCAUGGUACCUGGCUCUGCAGAAUUAAGUUGCCAGUGGAUGAUGCUAUGGGCAGGCAGUUGGUGGCUGAAGUGACCCACUCAGGGAAAAAGAAAGAAGCAGCCAUCCAAUGCUGCUUAGAGGCCUGCCGCAUUCUGGAGGCCCGUGGUCUUCUGAGACAGGAGGCAGUGUCCCGAAAACGCAAGAAGAAGAACUGGGAAGAUGAAGAUUUUUAUGACAGUGAUGAUGACACAUUCCUAGACCGGACAGGAGCGGUGGAAAAGAAGCGGACUGAACGCAUGAAGAAGGCUGGAAAGAUUCAGGAGCGUCCUGUUACGUAUGAAUCACUGCUAGCCAAACUGGCUGAGGUUGAAAAAGAGCUGGCUGAUACUGAGAAAAGACUCAGUUCUUCUGGGAAAGGAAUCUCCAGUUCUUCGACAGAGGACCCUCUAGAUGCUUUCAUGAGCGUUGUACGCAGCGAGACGGCUCUGGAUGGAGUGGAGAGAAAGAAGCUACAUUUACAUGUGGCCGAGUUGAAGAAGGAAGGUCAGAGACUGCGCAAGCUAGCAGAUCUGGCCAAACCCACACAGCUGCCUUCAUUACAGCCCAGCAGUAGUCAGUCCACGGACACUGAGAAUCCUAAGAAGCUAUCCCUGCCCAUGUUUGGAGCCAUGAAAGGAGGAAGUAAAUUCAAACUGAAGACUGGAACAAUAGGAACAUUACCCCAAAAGCGAACCAAUCUGCCUCCUGAGCUCUUCAACAUGAAAGAAAUGCCCUCUGUUGGUGAGGAAGAGGAAGAAGAGGAGGAAGAAAAAAGCAAGAAGAUGGAGGAUGCGGUCACAGAUGGUGAUAUGGAGGUCGUUCAGUCUGCAGAGACCACCAGCUCAGAACACUCCAGUGAAACUCAGACACACUGCCCUAAUGCUAAAGGAGACCAUGAGGACGAGCCUGCUAAGAUAGUUGUAUCUCACGAAAAACAGAAGUCUCCCCAUCUUCAAGAGAAAAGUGCCUCUCGUCCAAAAGAGGAAAUUGACAAAAGUGUCUCAAAUGUUCCAAAGACAAAUACAAAGAAGAAAAUUAUUGGCCCCAGCAGACCUCCUGUGACCCUGUCUAAGCAGUACCCAGAAGAUGACCCCGACUACUGCGUUUGGGUUCCUCCAUCGGGUCAGACUGGUGAUGGUCGGACACAUCUAAACGAUAAGUAUGGAUACUGAAUACAUGAAGGAAAGACCAUCCUCUCUGGAUCAGGAAUGGAAUCAGCCCAAACGUUCAUCUUAGCCCUUGGAGUGGACAGAUAUAUACAUU